GGCCUCACCCAAGAUUUCGGCGGCGCCUCGGGCAUGUCCAUCUUUUCCAUGGGCUUCCAGGACUACUUUGUGUCCAAGGAUUCCACUAUUGCAGUGGCCGCAGGGGCGGGCGGCGGCACCUUCGCCUCCAGCGACAGCUCUAACAGCGCCCACCUGCCGGAUGCCCCGACAGACGCAGACCCGGAGGCGGAAAGGAGGUCGGUGGCCCUGCUCUUCUCCCAGGCCUCGUCCAUGGACGUGAAGUUUCAGGUCUCAGAUGGCACCGGCUGCCGCCGCUUCCUCUUCGCUCUGAAAAGCUGCGCGGGCGGCGGCAGCUGCUGCGAGGUGGACCCGUGCCACCUCUACGACAAACCGGCGGUGGACUGCAUCUUGUCGGAUUGGAGCCCCUGGGGCCCCUGCGACGUCUCGUGCGGAGCAGGGCAACAGGCCCGGGAGAGGGAGAUCAUCCAGCAGCCCAGCAAGGGCGGCUACGGCUGCACCGCGGCGCUGUCGCUCACAAGGCAGUGCAAUGCUCAGCCUUGCGGCGACGAGUGCAUCCCGGUGGAUUGCCAAUGGACGGAUUGGACGGAGUGGGGCCCAUGCAAUCAGUGCGGUGGGGAGAUGCAGAGAGUGCGCCACAUCGCAGCCCACCCCCAGUGUGGCGGAGAGGCGUGCCAUAGUGGAGGUGCAGUGGAAGUUGCCAAGUGCCCUCGCUCAUGCACGGACAAGACCUACUGCAUCUGGCAGGAGUGGUCGGACUACAGCCCGUGCACUGCCACGUGCGGCUCCGGGCUACAGUCGCGCAUGAGGAAUCUGCACCCGGUGACCCAGCUUCCUGGGGACGGCGGGGACGCGGCCUACGAUGGCUAUGACGGCUACGAUGGCUACGAUGGCUACGAGGAGGCACCCAUGGUGGGCUCAGAUGGCGCAGAUGGCUACUCAGCAGACGCCUCCUACGAUGGCUUCUCGGAUCUGCCGCUGGAGACGCCCGCCGAUGCUAGCUACAUACAGGAAUCCGACCUGUCAAUGAAGUUCGAGGAGUUGAGGCAGCGGACCGAGCACAUGGAGAAGGGCCGAAACAAGGUGUUGGCCUUGGCCUUCAGCGCCGGCGCUCUGAGCCUGGGCGCGCUGGCGGUGGUGCUGCGAGUUGUGAGAAAGUGAGCCUCUUGGAUUUCCAAGAGCAAGGCCUGUCGAAGAGCAAGCCUUUCAUGGGUCGGUCAUAGACCGCUCGGAUUUAUGUUUCAGUCAAUGGCAACAGCGCGGGACCUCGAAAUCGGCGGAAUGGCUGAUUUGGACCUCUCGUUUUUCUGGUGGCAUGGAACGGGGGUUGCCUAGACCCUCUUGGCCCCAGUCCUUCUAUUCGC